CAGUAUCAGAUAUGGAGAGAACAGCUUUACAGAUACUACUGAAGAAGAUUCCAUGAAUAUGUAAGGUCAAAUCUUUAAAACAAAUACCUUUCUAUAUGAUUGUCUAGUAAUGGAACUCUGCCUGAUAUAUCCAGUAAUUCAAAGUUAUUUCUUUUAUUCUCUCAGGGAAAUUUGGAUUCCAAAGUGAAUGACAACAUGAGGGAAGAAAAUCACUCAGUGGUGUCUGAGUUUGUCUUGGUGGGACUCACCAGUUCUUUGGAGAUACAACUUGUCCUCUUUCUAGUUUUCUCUGUGUUCUAUGUAGCAGGUAUCUUAGGAAACCUUCUCGUUGUGCUCACAGUGGUCUCUGACUCCCAGUUGCACUCCCCGAUGUACUUCUUGCUGGCCAACCUCUCCUUUAUUGAUAUGUGGGUUUCCUCCAGUGCAGUUCCAAAGAUGAUUUCUGAUGUUUUCAAGGAGAGAAAAGUAAUAUCUUUCCAAGGCUGUAUUGCUCAGAUAUUCUUCUUUCAUGUUGUUGUGGGAACUGAGACGGUGCUGCUCAUAAUCAUGGCCCUUGACCGAUAUGUUGCUAUAUGUAGGCCUCUCCACUACCUGACCAUCAUGAACUUCCAAACUUGUAUUUUACUCUUGGUGGCUGCCUGGAUCAUCGGAAUCAUCCACUCGCUGAUCCAACUAGUAUUUGUUGUAAAUCUACCAUUUUGUGACCACAAUGAAAUGGAUAGCUUUUACUGUGAUCUUCCUCGAUUUAUUAAGCUUGCCUGCACAGACACCUACAGAUUGGAGCUCAUGGUUUCUGCCAACAGUGGGUUCAUCUCGUUGGGAACUUUUUUCAUUUUGAUUAUCUCCUAUAUCUUCAUCUUGAUCACUGUUUGGCAACAUUCUUCCAGUGGCAAGUCUAAGGCCCUGUCUACAGUGUCAGCUCAUAUCACAGUUGUGGUCUUAUUUUUUGGUCCAUGCAUCUUUGUGUAUUUGUGGCCAUUUCCCACGGUGCCAGUGGAUAAAUUCCUUGCCAUUUUUUAUGUAUUUAUCACUCCAGUUAUGAAUCCUGCCAUCUACACUUUUAGGAACAAAGAGAUGAAGGUGGCAAUGAGGAGACUACUAAGUCAGAUAUUGAGUUUUAGGGAUCUCUUUUAAGUGAUAUUGAUAUCAACAAAGACAAGCCUCUCUAACAUUCCCUACCCAUACUUCCAAAAAACCCAUUGCCGUUGAGUCAAU